AUGGCAUUAAUCCAGAUGAGUGCAAGUAUAUGUAGUAAUUUUCUGUACAAAACUCGAACCAUAUCCAGAUCUACUUCUUCCAUCUUGCUUAAUCAUUCAAAUCAAAAUUUCAAAUCACUUCAAUCUCAAACCACUGGAAAUCGUCUCUUCACCCAUCAUCAAAAGGUACAAAAUGCCCCAAUCCAAGAAACCCAGGAAUCAGCAAACCCUAGAAAACAAUUCGAUUUCAAAUCCUAUAUGCUCCAAAAGAUCAGAAUAAUAAACCGGGCCUUAGAUGCCGCAGUUCCCAUUCAGAACCCCAUCAAAAUCCAUGAAGCCAUGAGUUACUCCCUCCUCUCCGGCGGCAAACGCAUCUGCCCGAUCGUCUGCCUUGCCGCCUGCCACCUCGUCGGCGGUGAUGAGUCGGCCGCGAUGCCCACGGCCUGCGCUCUCGAGAUGAUCCACGCCAUGUCCCUGAUCCACGACGACCUGCCCAGCAUGGACAACGACGAUCUACGGCGAGGGAAGCCCUCCAGCCACGUGGUCUACGGCGAAAACGUCGCCGUCCUGGCCGGAUCUGCGCUCCUCGCCCGCGCGUUCGAGCACAUCGCCGCCGCGACGCUCGCCGCGACGCCUGGGAGAAUCGUCCGCGUCGUUGGCGAGGUGGCGCGCCUGGUCGGGCCGGAGGGCGUGGCCAGCGGUCAGGCCGUAGAUCUAAGGAGCGGGGGCGCCGCCGUCCGGCUGGAGCGUCUGGAAUACAUCCACUUGCACAAGACGGCGGCGGCAGUGGAGGCGGCGGCGGUGGCGGGGGCGGUGCUGGGUGGCGCUCGGGAGGAGGAGAUCGAGAGGCUGCGGAGAUACUCGAGGUGCGCGGGGCUGAUGUUUCAGGUGGUGGACGACGUCCUCGACGUGACGGGGAGGUCGGAGGAAUUGGGGAAAACUUCCGGCAAGGAUUUGGCGGCGGGAAAAGCGACUUAUCCGAAGCUGAUCGGGAUCGAGAAGUCGGUGGAGUACGCUCAGAGAUUGAAGGUGGAGGCGCAAGAGCAGCUGAUUGGGUUUGAUGUGGAUAGAGCUGCUCCGCUCUUUGCUUUGGCUGAUUAUAUUGCUAAUAGGGAAAAGCAAUUGGCCUUCAUUAUCUAUUUAGGGCUCGUUCACUUUAAGAGUUAG